AAAUCCCCACCCACCAGUCCACCACCUCAUCGCCUCGCCCUCCCCUCCCAUCCCCUUCUUUAUUCCGCCCUCCUCUCACAUGCCAUUGCCAGCCUCCCACUGCUACACCUGCUGCUGCCUCCUCUCUUCCCACUCCCCUCCUUCCUCCCCACUCUACUCCACGCGCAGCCGGCCGGGCCGGGUCAACCGACCAGCCGGCUGACCUGCCGCUCCGGCUCGGUUUGCACGAGCUUCCCUCGCCAUUCCCAUCCCAUGCUGUUCCGUUGUCGGUGCUGGGGGACUGGCUGCUAAUUAGUUCUGGUUCCGCGGCAAUGGAGACGAGGAGGCGCGGCGGCGGCGGCGGUGGCGCGGGAGUUUGUCAUGGGGUGGUGAUGUACGGCCUAUUGCUGAUUCUGCUGGUCUGUGGCCGCGGGGCCAGCGGGCUGGACGCGGACGGGGAGCUGCUCAUGGCCUUCCGGCGCGCGGUCACCGCCGACCCGCUCGGCGCGCUCCGCAGCUGGAGCUACUCCGACGACUCCGCCUGCGCCUGGAACGGCGUCAUCUGCAACGGCUUCCCGCAGCCCCAGCAGCAGGCCUCCACGGUCAACCUCACCUCCGCCUCCGCCGACGGCAGCGGGAGCGGGAACUUCAGCACGCUCGCCGGUGGCAGGGCGAACGGCACGCUGCUCGGCCUCAACGCGUCGAUGGCCGCGGCCACGGUGUCGCGGGUCAUCGGCCUCGUCCUCCCCGGCGUGCAGCUCUCCGGGUCGCUCCCCGCCGAGCUGGCCCGCGUCGAGCACCUGCGCCACCUCGACCUCUCCGGGAACGCCCUCAACGGGACCCUCCCCGCCGCGCUGCUGCUCAACGCCACCGAGCUCCGCGUGCUCUCGCUCGCCGGAAACGACCUCUCCGGCGCGCUCCCGGACGCGUCCUACGCGCGCGCGCUCCAGGAGCUCAACCUCUCCGACAACGCGCUCGCCGGCUGGCUACCUGCUUCGCUCCUGAGGGCGCCUGGCCUCGCCGUGCUGGGCCUCGCCAACAACUACCUCGCCGGGGAGCUCCCCGCCGGCGGGCUCGGCGGGCUGCAGGUUGUGGACCUCAGCAACAACUACUUCAGGGGGCAACUCCCGGCGGACUUCGGCGGAGCGCAGCUGAGGUUCCUCAACGUGUCGUCCAACAGCCUCACCGGCGCGCUCCCGGCCGAGCUGUCCCACGUCGUGCCGGCCAACACCACGGUGGAUCUGUCCAACAAUAACUUCACCGGCGCGGUCCCACCGGCCGGGCCCUUCGCCGCGCAGCCGGCGGCGGCGUACGAGGGCAACCCGGGGCUGUGCGGCCCGCCGCUGAAGCACGCGUGCUCCAUCCCGUCGUCGCUCUCCAACCCGCCCAACGCCACCGACUCGCCGCCGGCGUUCGCGGCCAUCCCCAAGAGCGCCGCCCGGGCGCCGCCGGGCUCCCCCGAGGCCCAGGCCCCGCGCGGCGGGCAGGGGAAGCUCAAACCUCUCGUGAUCCUCGCCAUCGUGGCCGGUGACCUCGCCGGCGUAGGGCUCCUCUUCAUGCUCUUCAUGUACGUCUACCACAUCAGGAAGAAGCGGCGGCAGCGGCGGGAGGAGAACCCGACGGCGCAGCAGCACAAGGGCAUCGGCGGCGGAGCCAAGGCAUUGAGCGUCGCCGGAGCCAGAGAAGAAAAGACGGCCACGUCGAGGGGAUGCUGCAUUGGCGGCCGCAAGAACGACGGCUCCGACAGCUCGGACUGCUCGGCGUCGUCGUCGGACGCGGCGUCCGACGACGGCGGCGGCGAGGACCCCAAGAAGAGAGCGGGGAGCUACAUCGGCUGGGGCACCCCGCAGCACCACAGCAAGAACAAGCAGGAGCGGCAGCAGCAGCAGGCGCCCGCGCCGGCGACGCUGGUGACGGUGGACGGCGGCGACGGCGAGCUGGAGAUGGAGACGCUGCUCAAGGCGUCGGCCUACAUCCUGGGCGCCACCGGGUCGAGCAUCGUGUACAAGGCCGUGCUCGCGGACGGCACGGCGCUGGCCGUCCGGCGCAUCGGCGAGAGCGGAGGCGCCGACAAGCUCAAGGACUUCGAGGCGCAGGUGCGCGCCGUCGCCCGGUUCCGGCACCCCAACAUCCUCCGGCUCCGGGGCUUCUACUGGGGCGCCGACGAGAAGCUGCUCAUCCACGACUACGCCGCCAACGGCAGCCUCGCCAACAUCGCCUUCACCAGGCGGUUCGGCGCGCCGUCGCCGAUGCACCUGAACCUGGAGGCGCGGCUGCGGAUCGCGCGGGGGGUGGCGCGGGGGCUGGCAUUCAUCCACGACAAGAAGGGGGUCCACGGCAACGUGAAGCCCAGCAACAUCCUGCUCGGCGCCGACAUGGAGCCGGUGGUGGGCGACCUAGGGCUGGACCGGCUGCUGUCCGGCGAGGCGGCCGCCAGCCGGGGCGGCGGCGGCGCGUCGGCGCGGCUGUUCGGGAGCAAGCGCUCCAUGCACUCCACCAGCAGCCUGCCGGACCUGUCCCAGAUGCCGGCCGGCGCCGGGGCCAGCCCGUCGGCGUCGGCCCCGCCGCCGUACCAGGCGCCCGAGUGCCUCAAGAGCCUGCGGCCCAACGCCAAGUGGGACGUCUACUCCUUCGGCAUGGUGCUCCUGGAGCUGCUCUCGGGCCGCGUCUACUCGGAGGUGGAGCUCUGCCAGUGGCACGCGGGCGUCGCCGGCGCCGUCGACGACCAGCGCGGCCGCGUGCUGCGCAUGGCCGACCCCACGCUCCGCGGCGAGGCCGUUGACGGCGGCAGCGAGGACGCGCUGCUCGGCUGCUUCCGGCUCGCAUUCGCCUGCUGCGCCAUGGCGCCCGGCAAGCGGCCCGCCAUGCGGGACGCGGCCGCGCUCCUUGACAGGAUCCCAGUGCUCUCCUCCGCAUCCAUCUCCGCCGUUGAAACUCCGCCAUACUGAUUAUCCGGCAAUAAAUUGUAGGAUAGUGGUACAACUUGGAUGAUCUUUUACUACUCUCUGUAGAUUUGCGUCACUAAUUUUUGAUCUUCACGUGAUUAACCAACCCCUUUUCUCAAGCUUGCGGUUUCAUUCUCUGCCCUCGCUCUGCUCUGCUCUGACUGAAAUGCCAUUGUUACAGCACGAGAUUGCUGUUUGUUGCAAGAAA